AUGAAGACACCUAACCUCACUGCUGGGAUUCAAUUCACUCUUCUGGGGUUUUCUGAAAUUCUGGAGCUCCAGCUUCUCUUUUUCAUGCUCUUCCUAGUCAUUUACCUGUUGACACUUCUUGGCAACCUCCUCAUACUCCUCACUGUCCGUUCCAGCCCUCAGCUCCAUUCCCCCAUGUACUAUUUUCUUUGUGAGCUGUCCCUCUUGGACAUGUUGUAUUCCAGUGCUACCGUGCCCAAGAUGCUGACGGAUUUCCUCACGGGAUCAAAAGCCAUUUCUUAUAAGGGCUGUGUAGUUCAGCUCUACGCCUUUCACUUCUUUGGGGGCACUGAGUGCUUUCUGCUAACCAUCAUGGCGUAUGACCGGUACGUGGCCAUAUGCAACCCCCUCCACUAUGCUGGGAUCAUGAACAAGAUAACUUGUGCCAAGCUGGUGGCUGGAACAUGUCUGGUGGGCUCUCUCCAUUCUACUCUUCAGACAGUUCUAACGUUCCGUCUCCCUUACUGUGGCCCUUUCAAACUUGACCACUAUUUCUGUGACGUUCCACCUUUACUGAAGGUGGCCUGUGCAGAAACCACUCUGAAUGAAACUAUCGUCAGGGUAAACAUUGGCGUCGUAGCCUUGAGCAGUUUUGCGCUGAUCCUGGGUUCCUACAUCCGCAUCGUCACCACCAUUCUCAAGAUGCGCUCUGAGGAAGGGAAGAAGAAGGCCUUCUCCACUUGUGCUUCCCACCUCACCGUGGUCAUCCUCCUCUACGGCCCUUGCAUCCUCAUUUACUUGCAACCAGCCACCAGCCACCCAAUAUUGAAAGGCGUGUCCAUUUUUUAUACAUCCGUGACUCCUGCCCUGAAUCCUAUCAUCUAUGCUUUGAGAAAUGAAGAGAUCAAGAAGGCCACGAGGAAACUUAUUUUCAACAAGAUCUGUUCAUGA